UAUUAAUGAAAGGAGGUAUUAACGGGUUAUUAACACUCAUGACAGUUUUAAAUUUCACCACCACUCUCCUCUGUCACUUUCUGAAUAAUGCCAUAAUACACACACCUUCCGCUAGAAGUAUUAAGAAAAAUAGGGAUAAAAAAAGCAAAAAUUCCGGUCCGGAGUUAAAAAAAAGAAAUAAUUUAUCGGGCCACCCUCUACUAUCCUCAUCAUAUGAAUCAAAUCCAGGUACAAACAACAUGGAAGAAAAAUAGAAUAAAAAAGAAGAUGUCUGCCAAUAACUGCAGUUGAAAUUGG